AUUUUCACGUGCUGUGCGCGUUAACCCAGCUAGUUAUGCAUACAUUUUGCAUUUAUUCUAUGAAAUAAAAAAGCACCACACGCUAUUUUCUGGAAACCCCUUCGUUGUGGCUGCAUUGAUGGACUUCGAACUUCACUAAGAAGAGGAGUUACAUUUUCUAAAGAGAUCAAAGGUCACAGAGAUCAGUCACCAACAGCAAGAGAGGCAACAAUGGGGAUCCUCAGAGAUGUCUGGAGCUACCGCAGCCUCCUCGUUGUCAUCGUCACCCCUCUGCUGCUGCUGCCUCUUCCACUGGUCAUCGGCACCAAGGUGGCAGAGUGCGCAUUCACGCUUCUGCUUAUGGCUGUGUACUGGUUGAUGGAGGCGCUUCCCCUGUCUGUGACUGCUCUGCUCCCUGCCCUGCUCUUCCCACUGUUCGGCAUACUGAAGUCAUCUCAGGUGGCAUCCGUCUACUUUAAAGACUUCCACCUGCUGCUCACUGGGGUCAUCUGUAUGGCCACAGCCAUCGAGAAGUGGAACCUCCACAAGAGGAUUGCUCUCAGGCUGGUCCUUCUCGUCGGGGCCAACCCUGGAUGGUUGAUGCUGGGCUUCAUGGUGAGCUCCGCCUUCCUGUCCAUGUGGCUGAGCAACACGUCCACAGCCGCCAUGGUGAUGCCCAUCGUGGAGGCCGUGGUCCAGCAGAUCAUGAAUGCCGAGAACGAGGCCACCACACAACGGAAGCAUGCGCUGACCGGCUGCUCCAACGCUGGGCUGCAGCUGGACGAGGUCGAAGCAAAGAAUGAGAAGGCGCAAGAAGUUAUAAGGUGUAGUGGUGUGGGGCCAAAAGCUGUUGUAUAUAACAUUCCCGAGGAAUCUCCUGCACACACUGAAGUGGCCAUGCCAGGGACAGAGGGCCGGUACCGCAGCGUGAAAGAUCACAUGAUGUGCAAGGGCCUCUCUCUCUGCAUCGCCUAUGCCUCCACCAUCGGGGGACUGACCACGCUCCCUGGAACAUCCACCAAUCUCAUCUUCGCAGAGCAAAUGAAUCAGUUUUACCCAGACUGUGACAGCAUAAACUUUGGGAACUGGUUCGUCCUGUGCUUACCAAUCAGUAUCAUUGUCCUUCUGUUAUCCUGGGUGUGGCUGCACUGGAUGUUCCUGGGCUCUGACUUCAGAUCCCUGCUGAGUUGCAGGAAAGAGAGGUCAGAGAGAGAGAAGGCCACGGCGAGAGUCAUUGAGGAGGAGUACAAAGCUCUGGGGCCCAUGAGCCCCCAGGAGAUGGUGACCAUGGUGAUCUUCGUGCUGAUGGUCCUCCUGUGGCUGGUCAGAGACCCCGGGUUCAUGCCAGGCUGGGCCUCUCUGUUUCCUGAAUACAAAGGCUAUGCUACUGAUGCCACUGUAGCUCUGCUGCUUGGAAUACUUUUCUUCAUCAUACCAGCAAACAAACCAUCCAGCCCCAAAUUUGAGACCCUGAUCUCGUGGAAGGAAUUUGAGUCCUGCAUGCCAUGGGAGAUCUGCCUCCUCGUGGGUGGAGGGUUUGCCCUGGCCGAGGGCACCAAGGUGUCGGGACUGUCCGCCUGGGUCGGAGACCUGCUGAUUCCUCUGGGAAGCCUCCCCACCUGGGCCCUCAUCACCAUCACUUGUGUCAUCGUCACCACCUUCACUGAGGUGGCCAGCAAUCCUGCCACCAUUACCAUCUUCCUGCCUAUCCUGGCCCCUCUGGCUGAGGCAAUCCAUGUCAACCCUCUGUACAUCCUCAUACCCACAACCCUUUGCACCUCCUUCGCGUUCCUGCUGCCAGUUUCUAAUCCUCCCAACGCCAUUGUCUUCACUUACGGCCAUGUCAGCGUGAUGGAUAUGGUGAAGGCAGGACUUGGUGUGAACAUUAUUGGGGUUCUUGUGGUCCUAUUGGCUGUGAGCACAUGGGGGGUACCGCUGUACAAUUUGGACACUUAUCCCAACUGGGCCCCCACCUACAACUCCUCAAACACCGGUUUGUGACCCCUAGAUUGACGGAUGGAAUCAUCCAGUUCUCUCUCCCGCCUUGACAACAGCGAAAAAACACUCUCUUGCUCCAUGGACACACAGAGAAUGUAACAGAGAGUUGUAACUUCAGAGAAAGUGAGGAUGAGAACAUGUGUCUUCCUUCAGUGAUGCAGAGGUUAAACGUCGAUAUCCAGCCAAACCUCUGUGACUUGUUGAUGGGCUCAUUAUAUGAGUCUGGCCUUUAACGCUCAAUGCAGCUAUAACUGAGGAGUUGGACUUUGGAGAUCUCAAAGAGGCUGUAACACCGUGGACACGAUCAAGAGGGUACUAUUCGCCUGAGACAUCUGCAUUUUAUAUGCACCUUUAAUGAAGGGCAGCAGCCACAAGGCAGUGGGGGCUAAUGCCCCCACCCAGAUGGCACAGAAAUGUUCUUAAAUAACCUUACUGCCAUUAUUGUGUUG